GGUAAUUAGUAGAUAAAAAAGAAACAAAAGUAAUUGAUAAAUUAGAUCUAAAAUCUAAAUAAAUUAAAUAUUUUAUUGUACAUAAUUGUGUAUAAUGGUGUUUACUAUAAAUGUUAAGUAAUAAAUAUAAAUAAUCAACAUGGGCAAGAAUAAGAUGAUCGCGAAGAGUUGUCCGAAAUGUGAACUACAGGUAGCAGUAGCAUCUAAGUCGUGUAAAUGCGGGCACACUUUCUUCGCGGCGCGUCGUGCGGCCGACACGCUCCCUGCAGCUGAGGAUAUUAGGCGCCGCACAGGCCGCGUCAGACGAUCACAACCUCAGUUCUACGACGCUCAGCACUAUCAGAAGCAAAUUAAACGAAGAUCUCCCAAGAAGAGAUCACUGUCGAGGUCAUUAGACGAAGAUUAUAAAGGCAAAGAAAAGGAGAGUGCGACAGCCCGCGCCCGUCGCCGGCGCGCACUCCGCCGCGCGCAGCGCUCGCCCCCCGCCGCCAGCAGCGCCCCCGCGCGCGACCCUACGCCGCUGCUCCGGCCCGCGCAACUGGCGCGCUGCAAGCUCAUACUGCAGGAGAUCAACAGGAAAAUGACGGCGGUCACGUGGCAACCGCCUGCACAGGCUUGAGCUGUUUGAAUUUGGAAUGUGAUGUGACAUUAAAGUGUUUGAAUUUCGAACGUUGAGUAAUGUGUAAUGUAUUUGAAUUUCGAACGUUGGGUAAUUGAGUUGUGAUGUAUAGAGUAAUGUUAUUAGGGUGAAUUUGAAAUUCGAAUGUUAGAUAUUUGUCGAAACCGGAAUAAGUAAAGUUGAGAUAAUUCGAA